AUGAGAGCUGAUGGCGAUGGGAUCUUGGGAGGAGGGAAGAGAUCAGAAACGAGCCUCAAAGUGAAACGCAUAUGGCUGAAGAGGAAAGAAAAAUGGCUGGUGUUUCUCGGGGUGGUCUUGCACGCUGUUUACAUGCUCAGCAUAUUCGACAUUUAUUUCAAGACCCCAAUUGUUCACGGGAUGGACCCCGUCAAACCCCGCUUCACGGCUCCGGCGAAGCGUCUCGUUCUUCUAGUUGCUGAUGGUUUAAGGGCUGAUAAGUUUUUCGAGCCAGAUUCAAAUGGAAUUUACAGGGCUCCGUUCUUGCGAAGUGUAAUUAAAGAACGAGGUCGUUGGGGAGUAUCUCAUGCACGUCCUCCUACGGAAUCUAGGCCUGGCCAUGUGGCCAUCAUUGCUGGGUUUUAUGAGGAUCCCAGCGCUGUCACAAAAGGGUGGAAAGCAAAUCCCGUUGAGUUUGAUUCAGUGUUUAAUCGCAGCAGACACACUAUUUCUUACGGUAGCCCUGACAUUGUUCCUAUAUUCUGUGGUGCCGUGCCUCAUAGCACCUGGAACAGUUACCCUCAUGAUUAUGAAGAUUUUGCCACCGAUGCAUCGUUUUUGGAUGAGUGGUCAUUUGAUCAGUUCAAGAGCCUCCUGAAUAGGUCUAAUGAAGAUCCAAAGUUGAAGCAGCUGCUUUUACAGGACAAUCUUGUUAUUUUUCUCCACCUACUUGGUUGCGAUUCAAAUGGCCAUGCCCAUCGACCUUAUUCAUCCAUUUACCUCAAUAAUGUCAAAGUUGUUGAUCAUAUUGCGGAGAGAGUUUACAAUCUCAUCCAGAGUUACUACAAGGAUGAUUUGACUUCCUACAUUUUUACUGCUGAUCAUGGAAUGAGUGACAAAGGAAGCCAUGGUGAUGGACAUCCUUCAAAUACAGAUACUCCCCUGGUUGCUUGGGGUGCUGGCAUCAGACAUCCUACACAUAAUACAAGUGGUGAACACUCGGAUGAUGCUAUUCGUUUUGUUGAUGAACAUAAGCAUGACAUGCCAACACCUUCAGACUGGGGCCUUGAAGGCAUUGAGAGGCUGGAUGUUAAUCAAGCUGAUAUUGCUCCUUUGAUGUCAACUCUUCUCGGUUUGCCAUGUCCGGUUAAUUCAGUUGGGAAUUUGCCUCUUGGCUAUGUAAAUUUUGAUGAGGUGGAAAAAGUUGAAGCUGUACUAGCUAACACGAAGCAGAUUCUUAAUCAGUUUCUUCGUAAAUCGCAAUUAAAGCAGUCACAUUCUUUGCAUUUUGAGCCAUUCAAACCCUUGACAAACUAUUCCCUGGUGUUGGAGCAAAUCGAGGAUCUGAUAUCUAUGAGGAAGUACGAAACUGCAAGAAAAAUAUCAGAGCAUCUACGAAGCUUGGCACUGGAAGGACUACACUAUUUUCAAACCUAUGAUUGGCUUAUGCUAAUGACAGUUAUUACUCUUGGUUACAUUGGUUGGAUGGUCUACAUUCUGCUUCAUGUCUUGCAAUCCUAUUCAUCUUUGGCGGGUAAGGUUGCAACAAUGAGGCAAGCGGCUAAUCUGAAAAAGGAUACCAGAAAGGUACAAUUAAUUGGAUGUCUGCUGUUGUGCGUGGCCUGUUCUGUAUUAUUGCUGGAACAUUCUCCCCCUCUUUAUCAUGCAUAUGCUGCAGUGACGAUAUUUCUCUGGACACAAAUUUUUAGUGAAUAUCAGUUCUUAAAAGUACUGUGGAGGGAGUUUCAGAGGAAGGAACCUUAUUACUUUGUUAAGCUUUUAGCAGCCUGUAUUGUAUCAGUAUUCAUCCUUGAGAUCUUGGUAAAAAGCUUCACAGAAAGGAAACUCUAUACCUGGUGUUUUUUAACAGUUGGCACUGCUGCUCCUCUGUAUCUUAUACGCGCGAUUCCUUGGAGAUCUGGAGUUCCAGUUAUGGUUUGGCUAGCAUGCUGGUUCUUGUCCAUUUUUACCUUGAUGCCUGCUGAAAUACCAGAGAAUACGUCUCUUGUGGUCACUAGUGGAGUUGUCAUCAUGAUCAUUGGAGGAGUUGCAAGGUAUCUCGACCUACGUGCUAAAGAUGACAAGUACUGGCUUAAUCUUCACACUGAUGAUGCAAAAAGACCUAGGUUACCUAUGCUCUUUCAUUUUCAGAUUCUUUUUGUAGGUUUAUCAUCAAUCAUGGUGCCAUUAUCAACAUCUCACAGAACAGAAAAUCAGGAGUUGCAUGCUCUUCACCAGCUUAUUAACUGGUCAAUUGCUGUUUGUUCGAUGGUGCUUCCACUCUUCUCAGCUAAUGGUCUCUUGUCACGGUUAACUUCAAUAUUUCUCGGAUUUGCCCCUGCAUUUUUACUUCUUUCUAUUGGAUAUGAAGCUCUUUUCUAUUGUGCUCUGGGACUAGCACUUAUGGCGUGGAUACUUUUUGAGAAUGCUUAUCUCUAUUUAAGCAAGGAAAACGGGCUUUUAACCUCCAAUAGAGUCAUGGAGGACAGCAUACUGAAAGAGGAUCAGAGAUGGCUACAGCUCUCUGACAUGAGAAUUGCUCUGACAUUCAUGGUUUUCUUCAACAUUGCAUUCUUUGGAACCGGCAACUUUGCAAGUAUUGCGAGUUUUGAGAUAUCCUCAGUCUACCGGUUUAUUACAAUUUUUAAUCCAUUUUUGAUGGCAGCUCUCCUCAUUUUCAAACUAUUGAUACCAUUCAUACUUGUCAUCUGCACAUUUAGUGCAUUAACCAAAGUAAUCCGGGUUCCACUUCUGGGAUGCUACUUUUUAGUUAUACUGUGUUCAGACGUGAUGACAAUCCAUUUCUUUUUCCUGGUCCGGAAUACAGGAAGCUGGAUGGAAAUAGGUAACAGCAUAAGUCACUUUGGUAUAAUGAGCGCACAGGUUGUGUUUGUUCUCAUGCUUUUAGCUCUCACAAAUGUGUACACAAGAGAUAUCCAAACUAGAUCAACCUUGCAUUUGUCUCGGAAAGCUAUGUGA